UCUUGAAACCAUUGCCAUAUUUUGAUUGCGGCAGUAUGGCGCCACGUAAAGGAAAAGUCCAGAAGGAGGAACAGAUCCAGCUGGGACCUCAAGUUACUGAGGGAGAGAAUGUUUUUGGAGUGGCACAUAUCUUCGCCAGCUUCAAUGACACAUUCGUACAUGUUACUGACCUUUCCGGAAAAGAAACCAUCGUCCGUGUCACUGGUGGUAUGAAGGUAAAAGCCGAUCGUGAUGAGGCUUCACCGUACGCCGCUAUGUUGGCUGCCCAGGACGUAGCAGAAAGAUGUAAAGUCCUUGGCAUCACCGCUCUUCACAUCAAGCUGAGGGCCACUGGUGGAAACAAAACUAAGACGCCCGGACCUGGUGCACAGUCUGCCCUGCGAGCUCUGGCUCGUUCCGGCAUGAAGAUUGGCAGGAUCGAGGAUGUGACUCCCAUCCCAUCUGACAGCACAAGGAGGAAGGGUGGUCGUAGAGGACGACGUCUGUAAUUUAAGAUGGUUUAUAACUGUACAGUGAAAAAAAGUGUAAAAUAAACAACAAAAAAAGAAGA